UAUCUCCUUCAGCAUUCUGCCCUUUCUUCAAUCAUCGAAACCCUAACUCUCAGUCUCUCCCUCCCUCCCUCCCUAUCUCUCUCUCUCAUAUUCAGUCAUUCACAUCCUUAUUUCUUUCAUUCUCUAGUCUACCUUUUCUUUAUACAUACAAAAACGAUCCCUGUCCUUGCGCUCAAGCGAAGCGUUCAUUCGUCGACUUUCUCCUGGAUACGCUAAGCCUACAGAUCUUUAUUUGGAAUUCUCUGAGCUAAAAAGAAACAAAGAAAAUCGAAUUGUACGGCCUUAAACUACUCAAUAUUACAGUAUUCAGUCACUAGGUCUAUAGAAAUAUUAUAAAUAAUAGAAAAAUCUAAUUCAGUGUCCGAUUAUCGUUGCUGGGUUUUGACGAAAGCUCGUGAGUUUUGAGUUUUGGAUUAGGAAAUGGUGGGAGGUGGGAACAGGAAGGACGAUGGGUCGUUUGUGGUGACCAAUUCCAAUGUUUUUGCGGCGCUUGAUAGUUUGAGGAAGAAGAAGAAGUCUGAUAAAGAGAAGGGGUCUUCCAAGAAGAAGACAACGGCAGAGGCUGCUAAGGAGUCGCAAAUAAUCUGGUCUCCAACUCCAUUGAAGGUGAAAUCAUGGGCUGAUGUUGAUGAUGAUGACGAUUACUUUGCUACUACAGAGCCUCCUCAAUCUUCAUGGGGUCUUAAUCUACCUGAAAAGAAAUCCGAGCCUGUAGAGGAAAGUGAGAGUGAAGAAGAUCUACUUGGUGAAGGUGAUGAUGAUGUUGAGGAGGAGCAUGACCAUGACCAUGAGCCCGAGGUUCCUGAGCAUUCUGAGCCUGUGCUGAGCAAGGCUGUAGUAACUUCACCAGCACCUAAAGAGGCAGAGCGGCAAUUAUCAAAGAAGGAGAGAAGGAAGAAGGAACUUGCAGAACUGGAAGCACUUUUAGCUGAUUUUGGUGUUUCACAAAAUGAGAAGGUUGCUGAGGAACCAUCUGAUGCUGCACAAGAGAAGAAAGAGGGGCAACAAGAUGGUGAGCUAGAAAAGAAGGAUGGUGGAGCUGCAGAGUCUAAAAGUGCAAAGAAGAAGAAAAAGAAGGAUAAAUCUUUGAAGGAGGUGAAGGAAUCACAAGACCAGCCUAACAGCUUGGAUGCCCCUAAUGCACCGGAGGACAAUGCAGAGACUGAGCAAGCAGAAGAAGAAUCUGCUGUAAACGUGAAAGAAAAACUUAAGAAGGUGGCUUCUGCAAAGAAGAAGAAAUCUAGUAAAGAGACGGAUGCGGCUGCUAAAGCUGCUGCCAUGGAGGCAGCUGCAAGGAAUGCAAGACUUGCUGCAGCUAAGAAGAAAGAGAAGAGCCAUUACAACCAGCAGCCAACGCGGUAAACUGUAACCCAUAACCAGCAGCCACUGAUGAAAUCCAAUUCUCUGUGUACUGUCUGUAGUCUGUAGAGGAUUGGUAAUAUUUCGUUGUUCAUUUUGCUGAUGCGCAAUAAAGUUGAGUUCAAGGCUCUGGUUUUUUGUUGACAGUCUAGAUUAGGAGGUUAAAGUGUUUUGCUAGACAGUUUUGUUCAAACUUAACAUUGUGGUACUUGAUGUGUAUCAUAGUAGUACUUUCUUUUCUAAUAUAUGUCAAUUUUGGUUUUAAUGCA